GAAAGAGGCCUGAUGCGCUGUUCCAGAAGAAAUAUCUACUAGAGGUCUCAAUCUUCUCAAUCGCAACUUCUCACUCCAUUUCAUACAAUUUCUCGAAAAUAGAAAGUGUCAGAAGUGACGACAUCAUAUUGUUGUGAGCCAAUUUGAAGCAUCGCAAGCGCGGACUCCACUCGGCCCGCUCGACACACCCCCAAGGCCCCAUUUCCCGCAUUCCUGGUUGUUCGCGGGCAAACUGGCUGGGUCUUCCCUCGCAACCUUCACUCCCUAGUUCUUUGUACUCCUUUUCACUCCCUAACGGCCCUCGGCAUCGAUCAUGUCCGGCCGGUUUGUGCGUUCCUCAAAGUAUCGCCACGUCUUCGGGCGUUCGACGAGAAAGGAACAAUGCUACGAUAAUCUUCGAAUCUCGCGAAAUGCCUGGGACACCAAUUUAGUCAAGGUUAACCCGAAGCACCUCGCAGUCAAUUGGGAAGCUGGUGGUGGCGGUGCUUUCGCCGUUGUCCCUCUCGAAGAACGAGGCAAGCUUCCAGACCGCAUCCCUCUGUUCCGUGGCCACACCGCAGUAGUCCUCGACACCGAUUGGAAUCCUUUCGACGAUGAUCUGAUUGCCUCUGGUUCCGACGACGGAAAGGUCUUCCUCUGGCGGGUUCCGGAGAACUUCACCGUCCGUCCCGAUGUCGAUGCCGAUGAUAUUCAAGACAUCGCCCCUGUGGGAAAGCUCGCGGGUCACCCCAAGAAGAUCGGCCACGUGCUCUUCAAUCCCGCGGCGGAAAACGUGCUGGCAACGGCCUCGGGUGACUACACUGUGAAAAUUUGGGAUAUUGAGGCGGGUGCUGCGAAGCUCACCCUGAAUGUUGGUGACAUUGUCCAGUCCCAGUCGUGGAGCGCCAAUGGCUCACUGCUGGUGACCACCUCCCGUGACAAGAAGCUGCGCAUUUGGGAUGUCCGUCAGGAACGGCCCGCGCAUGAGACCAAUGGACACUCGGGAGCCAAGAACAGUCGUACCGUCUGGCUGGGCGAACGCGAUCGGAUCGCGACCACCGGUUUCUCCAAGAUGAGCGACCGCCAGCUUGCUCUCUGGGAUAUCCGUGCCGUCCGGGAACCCAUCAAUGGCUUCAAGACCUUGGACUCGAUCUCUGGUGUCUGCAUGCCCUUCUGGGAUGAUGGUACCAGCUGCCUUUACCUGGCUGGACGAGGCGACGGAAACAUUCGUUACUUCGAACUGGAAAACGAUAAGUUCGAGUUCCUGUCCGAGUACAAGUCCGCCGACCCCCAGCGUGGUGUUGCUUUCAUGCCUAAGCGCGGUGUCAACAUGCACGAGAACGAAGUGACCCGUGCCUUCAAGACCGUCAACGACGGCUAUAUCGAGCCCGUUUCUUUCAUCGUCCCUCGUCGCUCCGAGAACUUCCAGGAUGAUAUCUACCCUCCCACCUUCGGUUUGACUCCCGCUAUGAGCCCGUCCGAGUGGUUUGCGGGCAAGGAGGCAAUUCCUCCUAAGAUUUCCAUGGCCAGCCUUUUCGACGGCGAGGGCCUGAAGGAGGUGUCCCCGGCCCAGGAGAAGCCCACCGGUACUAUCGAUGCCCCUGCUCCUAAGCCGGCCGAGCCUGAACCCGUUGUCCCCAAGGCUGCUCCCGUGGCUGCCGCGGAGCCCACGCCCACGCCUGCACCUGCCCCCGUGGCUCGACCUGCUCCAUCCAUGAAGGAACAGGGUGCCUCGAUGGCUGCCAUGGUGUCCAAGUUUGCCGAUGACGAGGAGGUCGAGGAACCUGUGGAUGAUGACUCCAGCUUUGAGGAGGUCCCCAAGCCCACCGAGCGCCCCGCUCGCUCGGCUGCGGCCGAGUCUUCUCCUCCUCGAGUCAGCAGCCCGCCGCGACCAAAGGAACCCGAGCCCGAAGUCAAGCCGCAGUCUCCCGUUGCUACCGCCGCCCCCUCCUCGCCUGUUAGCGAGUCCAACGUCCCGAUCAGCGCCGUUUACAAGGAAAUUGAAGAUCUCAAGGACAUGCUUGCUCAGCAAGCCAGGGUCAUCGCAGACCAGACCUCGCAAAUGCAGAAGCUGACUUUGGAGAUCGAAGGACUCAAGAGCAAACUGAACUGAGUUGGCAGAAUUGUGAAUUGUGACGAAAUAUGCGCAAAAGGGAAAAAGGAAGGUUGUGGUGUCCAUGUGGUGCUUUGGACAUCGGAGUCAUUGUGGGCACUGGUGAAUAUACAUGCAUGGGUACAUACAUGCCCGGUGUCUUGGGGAAGAUGUGGAUGAUGGAUGAUGGAUGGAUGCGCUACGGCCUGUGGAUAGGUAGUCUUGUUUUUUAGCGGAUUUGUCAAUACAUUGGUUGCCCAAAACAGAUUUUCUCGGGAUACUAGUAUUCUUGAGAUUUUACGCAUAUGGGAAUCUAGUUUAACCAUUCACGUUGCUCCCUAGAUAUACCUCCG